AAGGGUACAUACGUAAUCUCACCGUGUGUAAACCCUCUCAAACGAAGCCCUAGCUCCACACGCCCUCUCGUCAUUAUAAAUAGCAAGCAAAGCAUUGCCGUUCUUUCGACUGUGCUUUAGACUAUCACCUUGCCGCUGAGUCCUCUCUAAUCCAAGCAUCUAUAUAACAUUCCAAUAUGGGUAAGGAAAAGUUUCACAUCAACAUCGUGGUCAUUGGCCAUGUCGACUCGGGAAAGUCGACCACCACUGGACACUUGAUCUAUAAGCUUGGUGGUAUUGACAAGCGUGUCAUCGAGAGGUUCGAGAAGGAGGCAGCUGAGAUGAACAAGAGGUCAUUCAAGUAUGCCUGGGUGUUGGACAAGCUUAAGGCUGAACGUGAACGUGGUAUCACCAUUGACAUUGCCUUGUGGAAAUUCGAGACUACCAAGUACUACUGCACUGUCAUUGAUGCCCCUGGACAUCGUGACUUUAUCAAGAACAUGAUCACCGGUACCUCACAGGCUGACUGUGCUGUCCUCAUUAUUGACUCCACCACUGGUGGUUUUGAAGCUGGUAUUUCCAAGGAUGGUCAGACCCGUGAGCAUGCCUUGCUGGCCUUUACCCUUGGUGUCAAGCAGAUGAUUUGCUGCUGUAACAAAAUGGAUGCCACAACCCCAAAAUACUCUAAGGCAAGGUACGAUGAAAUCGUUAAGGAAGUCUCGUCCUAUUUAAAGAAGGUUGGAUACAACCCUGACAAGAUCCCCUUUGUCCCAAUCUCUGGUUUUGAGGGUGACAACAUGAUUGAGAGGUCAACCAACCUUGACUGGUACAAGGGCCCUACCCUCCUUGAGGCUCUCGACUUGAUCCAGGAGCCCAAGAGGCCCUCGGACAAGCCCCUCCGUCUGCCACUCCAGGAUGUUUACAAGAUUGGUGGCAUUGGAACCGUCCCAGUUGGACGUGUGGAGACUGGUAUCAUCAAGCCUGGUAUGGUGGUGACCUUUGGACCAACCGGACUGACAACUGAAGUUAAGUCUGUUGAGAUGCACCAUGAAGCUCUCCAGGAGGCCCUUCCUGGUGACAAUGUUGGCUUCAAUGUGAAGAAUGUUGCUGUGAAGGAUCUGAAGCGUGGUUUUGUUGCUUCCAACUCCAAGGAUGAUCCUGCCAAGGAGGCAGCUAACUUCACCUCCCAGGUCAUCAUCAUGAACCACCCUGGUCAGAUCGGCAAUGGUUAUGCUCCAGUGCUUGACUGCCACACUUCCCACAUUGCAGUUAAGUUUGCAGAACUCUUGACCAAGAUUGACAGGCGAUCUGGUAAGGAGCUGGAGAAGGAGCCCAAGUUUUUGAAGAACGGUGAUGCAGGGAUGGUGAAGAUGAUUCCCACCAAGCCAAUGGUUGUUGAGACUUUCUCAGAGUAUCCACCUCUUGGUCGUUUUGCCGUUAGGGACAUGCGCCAGACCGUUGCUGUUGGUGUCAUCAAGAGUGUUGAGAAGAAGGAUCCAAGUGGUGCUAAGGUCACCAAGUCUGCUGCUAAGAAGAAGUGAAACGUGCAGCAGUAUAAUAUUCAAAUUUCAGCAGGUCAUAUUUAUGAAGCUUAUUAUACAAACUUGGUCCGUAUUUGUGCUGCUUUUGGACGUUGCAUGCUUUAUUUUUUGAGGCAAAGUUUGAUGCUUUCGAUGUUGGGUACCCUGUCUCAGAGUUGGGUAUGGUUGCAAAGUUUGUGUUUGUUUCCCAGUCAAUCUUGAUGUGUCGAGGUGCCUCGGAUAAUUCUGAGGCGGCUCAAAAGUUUUGUUUUCGUGUUGCUUAAUAUGAACUCGUUCUUGCUUAGUUUAAUACUUCUGAUUUCCAGAGUCCCAUUAGAUUCUCAUUACUGUUGAACAUGUUCAUUCAAAAUAAUCUCUGAUUUAUUUGAAUA